AUGGGUUUGAGAAUCAUCGUUGUCGGCGGCGGAAUCGCCGGGCUCGCAGCUGCAAUCGCCCUCCGUCAUGGAGAUAGAGAUAUCACCAUCCUUGAACAAUCACCUAUCAGCCAGGAAAUCGGCGCCACAAUAUCCCUCCAGCCAAAUGCAUCCAAGAUCGUCGAGGAGCAAUGGGGGCUUGCAUCCAGACUCAAACAGCGCGGCUCGAUGGUUGACGAGGCGUUUCAGAUUUAUAACCUCGAUGGCGAAAUGCAAAUACGAGUUCCUCUUCUGACGAAGGAUAAGUAUGGUGCGGAGAGAAUGAUGUAUCAUCGAGCCGAUCUACAUCAAACGCUCAAGGAGCGAGCUACGUCUCCUGACUUUCCUGGUCUCCCUGCGGUUCUUCGGACUGCCAGCAGAGUUACAGGCUGUGACUGUGAGAAGGGCACAGUGGAGCUUGCAACCGGGGAAGUCCUAUCUGCAGACCUAAUCGUUGGCGCUGACGGCAUCAAAAGCGCCGUUCGUAAAUACGUCCUUGAAGAGGAAGCGAACGCAAUACCAACAGGUCUGUCCGCAUACAGGAUGAUGAUCCCAACAGAACGCUUAGAACGGGAGUCCGACUUUGUGAAGGUCAUCAAUCCCCGAAGGGGGUGUACCACGAUGGUCAUGGGCCGCGACAGAAGAUUGAUCAUGGGCCCGGCAAGAAACGGCACAAUCUAUAGCAUCGUAGCCCUUGUACCAGACGAGAGCAUGAAUGAAAAUUCCACAAAUACUAGCUGGACGACCGAAGGCGACCACGACAAAAUGAUGAGGACAUUCGCUGAGUUCCCAGAUUGGGCGAAGAAGCCACUCCUGCUAGCGAAAGGGACAUCCUUGGGUCUAUGGCAGCUGCGUGACCUAGACCCACUGAAAACAUGGUAUCACGGCCGGGCUAUAUUGAUUGGUGACGCAGCUCAUGCUAUGUUACCCACGCAGGGUCAAGGCGCCAGUCAGGCUAUCGAAGAUGCGGAGGCAUUGGGGGCUUUCUUCGGUGGAUUUGAGAGGACCACCCCCUCCAACUCACUGGAAACAGUCACCCAGACAAACGACGCUAUUUUCAGAUGUCGCUCUGAUCGGGCCACAACAAUACAAGCAUAUAGCCGUCAAGCCUCCCGGCCUGCCACUGAGACUGAUAAUCGGAAAGUGCACAUGAAUCCAGCAGAGUUCAUGGACUAUAACUGCUUUUAUAGCGGUGCACUGGACUGGAAAAGGCGUCAGGGGGUGGUAGCUUAG